AUGUCCGGCAUUAUGUACUUCCUGUACAAGAACGUUACCGGAAGAGGGGACCUGGAAGCUGAAGGCAGAGAUCGAAAUCAGCCUCAUCACGAUAAGGCAAAGCAUCGCACCCUCAGCCACAGCUACAUAGGACUAACAAUGUUUGUGUUAGCCCAUAUAGGGCUGGUGAAAAGAAGUGAUGACAGUAUGGCCGAGUAUGUAUACGAUAGUUUUCCCAUGGCGGUGUAUAUCUCAGGCUGCGUUGCUAGUCUGGUUGCUCUAAUACGGAUGAAUUCACGUAGCUGUGGUUGGCGAAUUGAUAACACGGCAGAAAACAACCUAGAGACUGGGUUGUUAUUGAUCUCCUGCGCAGGUCAACUUAUCACAUCCUUAUUCACGAUUAUAGCGUGUUCCCUAUCUGCAGAUAACACAGCAGGGAUCGUGGUGGCUUUAGAGUAUGCUAGGACUUUGCAAGUCUUCCCACAAGUGAUAUUCCUAUACGACGCCCUCUAUCGGAUACCACCUCCAACGUUCCAGCCUUCUUGCACGCGACAGUUGGUUAUAUAUUUAAUUUUUUGUAACAUCACUUUAUUCUGGAUAAGCAUCUAUGAUUUGAAGAACGUGUACGUCCAUCUCAUUUCAAAUUGUUUCUAUGGAGCCGAUGCCUGGUCAAUUAUCCUUCAUUUAGCAACACCCUUAGAAAUUUACUUUCGGUUUCAUUCCGCAAUAGUCUUGUUAGAGAUAUGGGAACGAGGCUGA